AUGUCAUCAUAUCAAAAGACGUCUCGCUCUUCCUUCUCUGCUCAACGCGAUGAGUCCAUAUUAGUAGGAGUAGCAGAUACGGGGAGAGUCGGACUCUCAGAGAAGAAUCACGAUAAAAGAGUGGUAGUCUUAUUAUUCAUCAUACCAAUAUGGACAUUUCUAUUCACUGCCUUGCCAGUCUUGAUCAGUUUCCAGGGUGUACUCGCCGAUUUAUAUAGAUUCGUCGAACCGAUUGUUGGUCUUCCCUUAUAUUAUUUCCUUUUCCUGUCUGCGAAUGUGUUUGCCGAUGACAUUAAUCACAAGAGAAAAUUCGCAUUUGGCCUGUCUGAAAAAUCGUUCCUGGGCUUAUGGUUUAUGAUUGCAGGAUCAAUAUACGCUCAAGGCAUGUCAAAAGUAUCGAUCAAAUUGCAGAGGGCUGCAAUGCACUCUACAGCAAUAAUGGCAAAGCAUGAGAUCGAGAAUGCAGAGGAUAAUAAUCCGCAGAUGGUAUUACAAUAUCCUGUAGUAAAGGAAGUUGAAAAUUAUUACCGAGAAACACUCGAACAUCUGAUUGGUCAUUAUAUGUAUGCUGGUGGAGCCAUAUUGAUAGCCCUCUGUAAUAUAAUCGCAUUCAGGAAUCAACGCCACAACUCUCCACACUCUGCUCUAUUGAUUACAGGAUGGAUACUAGGGUCACUGGCGUAUGGCAUUCUGAUUGCAGGCGUGGCUAUUGAAUUUCCAAAAGGCACCAUAGUAGGACUUGCCUAUACCCUUGUUAUAGGAGUAUCGCUUGGAAUAUUUCUAAUUCGUGAGAAGGGAAUAUCCUUCCAUAGCAGACGUCUUGUACUCCAGUAUUAUUUCAUGAGUUCCGUGGUAGCCCUAAUUAUUAUUGUGAUUUGGAUCUGUAUUCAUGGAUUCACAGACCGUAAGAGCGCAGGCUAUCUCACGCAUUAG